CCUCUGCUGCAGCGCAGCCCCGGCUGGUGAGGCAGGCAGGAAUGCAGCAGACAGGACUCGCUCUCGUGGCCUUGGCUGCCUGUGUGGCCCUUCCCUCCUCAGAAGCCAUACUUCCCAUUGCCUCCAGCUGUUGCACUGAGGUUUCUCAUCAUGUCUCCCGAAGGCUUCUGGAGAGAGUGAAUCUGUGCCGCAUCCAGAGAGCCGACGGGGACUGUGACUUGGCUGCUGUCAUCCUUCACGUCAGGCGCAGAAGAAUCUGUGUCAGCCCGCACAGUCAUGUUAUUAAGCAGUGGAUGAAAGAACAAACAGCCAAGAAAGACGCUAAGGGCAACUUCUGCCAUAAGAAGAAACAUGCCGGUCAGAGGAAAAGUAAAGGGGCACAUCAGGGGAAACCAGAAAUCCACAGCCAUGAAAGUUCUUAUUAAAGUGUUUGCAAACGAACCUACACAGACAGUUCCUCAACUGGACUUGGCCAUGGUUGCUUAUAAAUUUAUCUCGUGAAUGUUCCUUAUUGGGAGUCAACAGGGCAAAACAAACUAUACGUCUUAAAGGAAAAAUUAUACAGGAUACAAAUGUAGCCAAUAAUAUACUCAUCUGAAAAUGAAAUGAAAAGAUCGUACUUCUCUUUAUAUCCUAUUUUAAGAGCAGCAUACAGAUCUAAUUUCUCCCAACUUUUAUUAUGAAGGUUUGCAAACCUACAGAGAAGUUGAAAGAUUGGCACAAUGAACACUUGUAUACCUUUCACGUAGAUUAAUAAUUGUUAAUAUUUUGCCACAUUUGUUUUCUCUCUCUUUUCUCUCUUUGCAUGCACGUGUGUAUAAAACAUUUUAUAUAUAAAUACAUAUUUUUUUUUGCGAAACCGUUUGAUAGUAAGUUGCAAAUGUCGUGAUACUUUAACUUUUUUUUAGUGUUACAACUUGACAUCCCCAAGAAUAAAGACCUUUUGUAUAUAAUCACACUAUCAGCUUUAUACCUAAAUAUAUAUACCUAAUAUAUAUUAGGUAUUUUUAUUUUGAACAAUUUUCACUUCAUAUCUAUAACUAAUUACUGAAUUCCUACUGUGAACAAGGCCCUUUUUCAAGACAAUUCCAGACUGUUCCUCCUUCAAGAAGCAUCACACCCCAGAACAAGGAGAAGGUUUAAAACAAAAAGUCAUACAAAAACAGCAUACCUAAUAUAUAUUAGGUAUAUAUACUAGGAAUAUAUAUAUUUAAUUUUUAAAUUAAAUUAAAUUUUAAUUUAAUUUUUCCCCAACGAUUUCCAGAGUAUAAUUUUUGUAUAGUUUUUUUAAUCAAUCAAGGUUCACAUAUUGCAAUUAAUUCUUACAUUUCUUUAAUAACUUUUACUCUAAGAAAGUCCCCCCCUGCUUUUUUUCUUUUUGCUUUCUUUCCAUGGCUCAAACUUUUUAAAAGAGAGUCUAGGGCAGAAUCUGUUCCACAUUCUGGGUUUGCCUGUUUCCUCAUGACCACGUUCAGGUUUAACAGUUUCA